CGCGGCGAUCACCACGUAAACAGCUUCUUAACAGGUAUUGCUCCAAGAUCACAUCAAGCUGCCGACACUGUGCUGUCUCUAUACCCUCACUCUAACAGUUACACACUCUCUUGACAUCAAGGUAAAAUGAGCUUCAACACAGCCGUCAUUGUCCGCUCCGAGCGCGAGCGUUUUGCGAGCACAGUUUGCAACCAAUGCAAACACAGGAAGAAGAGCUGCAAUAAAGCAGUCCCAAGUUGUUCCAGGUGCAGCCGACUUCGCGUCAAGUGUUCAUAUUCGGAGGUCACGGAGAGCAACAGCUGUCCGCUCCUUCCAGUUGUCGACGUCAUAUCUGGGCUAGGUGUUCCUUUUCCAGAUUACUCGUUACCACCACAGCAAUCAACCAUGGUGUACAAAAUAGCGCACCGUGUUCCAUGUAUUGACCAUCAGGUAUCGUCAUCAGCCAGCAGACUCCUCAGUGCCAUUUCCAGGAAACGAGGACAUGCCGGCGAUUUUAUGCAGACUUACUUCCACAACUUCCAUAAGACUCUUCCAAUAAUCAACAAGGAUAGUGUGUGUUCAAAACUUGAGAAUUCCACUUCGGAUUCUCAUUUCUCCACGCUUUUGCUUUCGAUGUUCCUCAUCACGCAAUUGACGCCGCAGGUCAAUCCGAACCCAUCGUCCAAUUUUGGGGAACGUGAGCUCUAUCCUGCCGUCAAGACCAUUUACUCUCUUUUGCAGUCAACUGGGAAGGUCUCAAUGGAGCUCGUACAAGCUGGUGUUCUGGUUGCUUGCUACGAACAUUGCCAGGCACUGCACCAAGACGCUUGGUUGUCGAUUGGCGCUUGCGUGAGGAUGGCUCAUUCAAUGGGGCUUCACACCGUACUUCGAAAUAUGUUACCAAAAGAUAGGAAUGAGCGGAACAUUCUGGAGACAAAAAGAUGUCUAUGGUGGGGCAUCGUGGUGAUAGAACGGGUCAUAAAUGCAGAAUAUGAGGACAAUAGGCUUCCUUUAGCAUCUGAGCCUCCUACUGCUGAAGACUUCCUACCCCGGGCCUCCUCAGAUACUGAUACCUACUUUCGAGUCAAGGAUGAUUUACUUUUGCCAGAUGACGUAGUGCCAGGCUCCAGUGAAUGGCAGACUCCCCAGGCUCGUGAGUUUACAACUGUCGGUAGCUUUGGAGCUACCGUUCAAGCUACAUUUCUAGCAAGCUGUGUCACUCGCCACAUCCUUGAUGCCGACAGAGAUCUUGCCACAAGAGGAAAAGAUGCUUAUAAGCUUGACAUUGCACUUCAAAGUUUUGUUGGCUCUUGCAUUCCGCCGCCGGGUCAAUCUCAUGGCAACUACUGCGGUGCUUUUGCAACGCGGACUUGUUUUGCAAUAUAUCUCCUCCGGCAUGAGAUGGAAGUGGCAUCACAACUUGGCAAAGCCGAUGAUCUCUGCCGUUCAACAAUGGCAAUGCAGUCGGCAAUUCGCACUAUCGUAUGCGUGCUUAAGGAAGGAAUGGCUGGAAUGCCAAUGGAUCUCGAUACGUUAUCAUUUUGGUCACAUCACAUGAUCUACUUAAUCGGACUGAUGCAUAUUAAGUUCAGUAUCCGAGAUGAGAAGUAUAUCUCCGAUCUUGAGGCUAUGGCCGAUUACUUGCGUUACUUUGCUCCGAGAUAUAAACUCUAUAGCAAUGAUGUUCAAAACCUUGAACUCGGCAGACAUGACCCUCCCACCGUCUACGGUCUAAGAGCCGGAUUGAAUCCCUUGAUGAUUUCCGGCUUCUUAUCAACCCACUCCUUCAAAGACUGUUCACCUAAUGUCCCGGUCGAAGCGAGGCGCAUGUCCAACGGCAACCCAUACUCGAAAGGCUCGUUCUUGGCAAACGACAGCAUUGGUCUCGUUUCGACAACAUGAGCGUAGAUGCCCUUGGCCAAAGUCUUUUGUAAACCAUCAUUUGCUGAACCACCGCCCAUAAUGCCAUAGCUGAUGAUCAAGAACGGCUUGCCUUUGAUCUCGUUGAAGAGAUAGUCGAUGGCAUUCUUGACAGCAGCUGGUACUCCGAUAUUAUACUCUGCGGUUACGAUGACCUGAACCCAAUUAGUAUCCUGUCCUGGACUUAACAUGACGGAAAUUCUGGGCGUCGAAAGGCAUCGAUUCAGGAAUGGAAAUCUGGCUCUCACAUAUCCAUCAUAUUUGGACAUCUCGGCACUCCA